AUGGAGCUUUUGACGCUUGUAGCGGUUGCUAAAAAACAUAAGGAGGUGGAAACUUUCUUUGCUAUAGUUGCUAAUGUGUUGAAUGUGAUUGGAGCAUCCUUUAAACAUAGAGAUCAACUUCGGGAUCAUCAUGCCGAAUUAUUGGAGCAAUUGCUAGAGAGUGAUGAAGUUCAAAGUGGGAAAGGAUUAAAUCAAGAGCGAGAACUUCAAAGGCCAGGUGACACUCGUUGGGGAUCACAUUGUAAAACAUUAGAUAACUUUGUUGUUUUAUUUGCAUCUACUGUUCAUGUGCUUGGGGUGAUUGAAUAUGAAGGUCAAGAGGCUAAUGAUAGAUUGCAAGCAGAAGCUUUUUUGAGUAAAAUCAAUUCAUUUGAAUUUGUGUUCAUGCUUCACUUGAUGUUGAAGGUAUUGUUGAUGUCGAACGAGCUGAGUAAAGCUUUACAGAAGAAAGAGCAAGAUAUUGUCAAUGCCAUGAUAUUUCUUGACCUUACAAAGGAAAGGUUGCAACAAAUGAGAGAUAAAAGAUGUGAAUCAUUAAUGGAUGAAGUCUAUUUGUUUUGUACUAAACAUGAUAUUUUGGUGCCCAAUAUGGAAGAAUUCUAUAUUCCUGGAAAGUCAAAGCGUAGGCCUUCUAGUGUUGCUUAUUCACAUCACUUACGUGUUGAGCUUUUUUAUACAGUGAUUGAUUUGCAACUUCAGGAGCUUAACAGUCGUUUUGAUGUUGUUAGUGAUAACUUGCUUCUUGGUAUGGCUAGCUUGAAUCCGGCUAAUUCGUUUGCUAAUUUUGAUAAAGAAAGAGUAAUGACAUUGGUCAAGAUGAGUUUGGUGAAUUGA